GAAAAUGUUUAUCGGCGGAUUAAGUUGGCAAACCAGCCCAGAAAGUUUACGAGACUACUUCAGCAGGUUCGGUGAUAUAUCAGAGGCUAUGGUUAUGAAAGAUCCAACGACGCGGAGAUCGAGAGGUUUCGGCUUCAUAACAUUCAGUGAUCCAGCCAGCGUUGACAAGGUUCUAACACAAGGUACACACGAACUAGACGGUAAAAAGAUCGACCCAAAGGUAGCAUUUCCCCGCAGAGCGCAUCCAAAGAUGGUGACGCGAACGAAGAAAAUCUUUGUGGGUGGGCUGUCAGCGCCCACAACACUCGAGGAUGUUAAAAGCUACUUCGAACAAUAUGGACCGGUAAGUCAACCACUUUUAACAAGUUUUAAAAUUAAAUUGGUUUCGUAUUAA